AUGCCCACUUGCGAGGACGAGGUGUUGUCGAUAGGAAGGAAGCUAGAUAAGAUCAUCGAUGGCUCCAAAUCAGGCGAUAAUGCUUCGGACCUGCUAGAGGUCCUCUCCAAACUUCCUAUGACGAUUGACAUUUUGACGAAAACUCGUAUUGGAAUGACUAUUAACGACUUGAGGAAGAAAACGUCUGAUGAGAAGCUGGCAAAGAAAGCGAAGAGUCUCAUCAAGGAGUGGAAGAAUUUGGUUGAUAAGAGGGAAGACAAAAAGGAAAAGCCUCCGCGACAUGAACCGUCGUCCUCAAACACCCCAUCGAAAAGCAACGGUUCUGUCCCCAGUCCUCCACCUCCCAAACCAGCUCCAACCCCUGCUCCUGCACCAGUCCCCAGUCAUGCGUAUUCUAGCAACUUUCCACCAAAACAUUUGGAAAAGGACGAGGUAAGGUUCAAAUCAGCGCAGAUGAUUCUGAACGCGCUUAGGCAUACUGAUCUUCCCGACGGUACAUUAGAUCCGGAAGAAAUUGCUGUUCGUGUUGAAGAGAAACUGUUCACCGUGCACAAAGGUACUGGUGACAAGUACAAGGCUGCCCUUCGCAGUCGUGUGUUCAAUCUCAGAGACAAGAAAAAUCCGGCGCUCAGGGAGAACGUGCUUACUGGUGUUGUGAAACCAGAAAAGUUUGCCGUGAUGACUAGCGAGGAAAUGGCUUCCGACGAAGUGCGUGAAAUGCGUGACAAGUUCAACAAGGCUGCAAUUUUGGAGCAUCAAAUGAGUGUGCAGCAAGGCACUCCGUCGGAUAUGUUCAAGUGUGGAAAAUGUGGGAAGAAAAACUGCACGUACACACAGCUUCAAACUAGGUCAUCCGAUGAGCCUAUGACCACAUUUGUGUUCUGCCUGGAAUGCGGAAACCGCUGGAAAUUUUGUUAA